CAAGAUGGUAAGAUAAGGUGAUCCAUUCAUUUUUCUAUUAAACAUUUAUCUGUAAAAAGUAUUGACACUAUGAUAAAAUCUCAGCAAAGAAGUGGUGAUACAUUAAAAUAUAUCAGUUUAAUUACUCUUACAUUGCAAAAUGCUUUGGUCGGCCUUAGUAUGCGAUAUGCACGUAUCAGAUCAGGUGAUAUGUUCCUGUCGUCAACAGCUGUUUUUAUGGCAGAGAUUGUUAAACUUUUAACAUGUUUGGUGUUAGUUUUUUAUGAAGAAGGAAACUUUGUAAAAUUUUGUAAUUCUCUAUAUUUGAAUAUUAUUAAACAACCUAUUGACACUUUGAAGGUGUGUGUGCCAUCGCUUUUAUAUAUUAUACAAAAUAAUCUUCUUUAUGUGUCAGCAUCCAAUUUAGAUGCAGCAACUCAUCAGGUGACAUACCAACUAAAAAUUUUGACAACAGCAUUUUUUGCAGUUGUAAUACUGCGAAGGUCCUUAAGGAACACUCAGUGGGGAGCUUUAAUAUUAUUAGUCAUAGGUGUAGUAUUAGUACAAUUAGCUCAGAACUCAAAAACUACUUUACCAUCUGGUAUAGAACAGAAUCGUGUAAUUGGAUUCUCAGCUGCAUUGAGUGCAUGUUUUUUAUCAGGAUUUGCUGGUAUAUAUUUUGAAAAAAUACUCAAAGGCUCAGAUGUAUCAGUAUGGAUGAGAAAUGUACAGUUAAGUUUAUUAUCACUACCUUUUGGAUUAAUUACAUGCCUUAUAAAUGAUGGUCAAGUAUUACAAAAACAAGGUUUCUUUUUUGGCUAUGAUUUAUUUGUUUUGUAUUUAGUUGUUCUUCAAGCAGGAGGAGGUCUUAUUGUUGCUAUGGUAGUUAAGUAUGCUGAUAAUAUACUUAAGGGUUUUGCCACAUCUUUAGCUAUUAUCAUUUCAUGCAUAGCUUCCAUAUAUCUUUUUAAUUUUAAUUUAACUUUUCAAUUUUCAUUAGGUGCUAUGUUAGUAAUCUGUUCAAUUUUUCUGUAUGGGCACCAACCAAAAGCAACAUUCGUUGACAAACAUGCUUUAAAUGAUAGAGUCUGAUAUAUUUCACCAUAUUCACGUAGAAGAAUAGUGUAUUAUUCGGC